GAUUCUCUUUCCGGUGAGUCAUUUCCUGGUGCUGGCAGUGUGCUGAGGGAGCCGCGCAAAAGAUGGUCAAAAUGAGUAAAGAGACCAAACAACGGCUGCAGCAGGUCUUCCGCUGUGGACAGUUCGCCAUCCGCUGGGGAUUUAUCCCGACCAUCCUGUACCUGGGUUUCAGAAGAGGUGGAGACCCAGGCAUGCCAGAACCCAACCUUCUAAGUUUGCUAUGGGGAUGAAAACAGUACAGCAGAAGACCUGUAUUUCCAUUUUGACUGGAAACGCCAUUUGUGGAAAAUUUGGGAAGAACAGACCAUUGCAGUUGGCAGGUUCAGUGCCUGUGUUCACUACUGAUCUACAGCAAUAGAAUUUCCAGCAGAAAAGUUAUGGACUAUCUUGCUAUCCUAUUAAAAAAAACUGUGUUUGAGACUGGUAUUUUUCAAUUUAUAUGACUCACUGCAAAUAAAACUUUUCAUUGGGAAGAAACAAAUCAAAAGAGAAACUACUUGUCUAAAAAUGGCUGGAUGAAAUUUGCUUAAAUGCACAUUUGUCAGUUUUCUUUGUUUAAAUGCUAAGUAAGCACAUCUUUAAAAUGUGAAGCUUCACAGUAUAAAGCUGCAUACAGUGAAGAACCUAACUGUACCCAAAAAGUUUUAAGUUUUUAAGAUAAUGGAUGUAACUACUAGAGUGUUCUAAUUCCUGGGUACACUUUACUUGAAAGUGUUGUAAUUUUCAAGUGCAAGAAGCAUAUUGUAAACUUUGCUUUGAGAUUUUACAGUUGCAAUGGAAAUGUGAAAUGGAAAUUUGUCAAUUCAAAUAGUUUGCAUUGUGCCAACAAUAAACUCAUUGUUCCUGUGCAA